AUGGACUCAUUGCCGCUGUGGCUUGCCUUUGCAGUGGCCCGCCCCGUUGCUCCCCAUCUGUUGCAGCCUCCACUAUGUCUCGAGCUGGCUGCCAUGCCGAAUAACGAGCUCUUUGUGUCAGAGUUGCAAAAUACACUGGAUAAAAACCAAUACGGUUGGAUGAGGCAGGAAGUAAAACUUAGCUCUGUGAUGGGUGAAGCUAAAUCUCUGAAGCAAGAACUUGAAAGUGUCCAGCAAGUCCCAGAUUAA